AUGCCUCGCGUGGCCCUGACUCAGCUGGGCAGGUCGCUCUGGGCCAAGCGCCUCCUGGGCGGCCUCUUCCUCUCCGUCGCCUGUGUCCAGACAAUCGCGCGCACGUGUGGCAGAACGGAUGACCACAAGCCCAGCUUGAGCAUCCAGGACCGAAAGCCCGUGGUGACGGCAGCGAUCGUCGUGGCAAUGUUCUCUUCGGGCUUCUUCCGCGGCAUGUUCGGCAUCGCUGGCCCUCCGGCAAUG